AUGAGUCUUAGAAAUAUAAUACCAACACCAUCUCCAACAACACUUCCUUCAUCCUACACUCUCAAACCCCGUUGUGUAAAUUACAUAACUACCCAUAAUAAUCCAUCAUCAUCUACUAAACCAACCACUUACAACAACUUAAGCCUUUCCAAUGAAAACACUCAUCAACAAGCCACAUUACACUUAGAGAAAAUGAUCAAUUUAGAAGACCACAAUAGUUUAUCUUCAUCAUCAUUUGAAUCAACACCAUCAACAUCUUCAUUUGGCAUUGGAACUUAUCAAAAUAAACUUGGUAAGAGAUGGAAGGAGUACCAAGGAAUGACCAAUUGGGAGGGUUUGUUAGACCCGUUAGAUGAUAACCUACGUGCUGAAAUCCUACGGUACGGUCACUUCGUUGAAGCUGCAUACAAAUCCUUUGAGUUUGAUCCUUCUUCUCCAAACUAUGCCAACUGUAGAUUCCCAAAGACAACACUUUUUGAGCGUUGCGGUUUACCAAACACAGGGUACAAGGUAACCAAAUACCUCCGUGCAACUUCCGGCAUUCAGUUACCGAACUGGGUCGACAAAGCACCGAGUUGGGUGGCAACACAAUCAAGCUACGUUGGUUAUGUCGCAGUUUGUGACAACAAAGAAGAGAUCAAAAGACUUGGUCGGCGUGACGUUGUUAUUGCUUUUAGAGGAACAACCACAUGUUUGGAAUGGCUCGAGAAUUUGCGUGCCACCCUCACCAACCUACCAUGCAAUCCCAUGGACGGAGAAACUAUGGGGUGUCAUGGUAGUGGGGCCAUGGUGGAAAGUGGUUUCUUGAGCCUCUACUCUUCCUCCAUCCCCGACAACCCUUCUGCCCUCAGUCUGCAGCAGAUGGUCAAACAGGAGAUUGUCAGGAUUUUCCAGGCUUAUGCUGGAGAACCCUUAAGUUUGACCAUCACUGGCCACAGUCUAGGGGCGGCAUUAGCUACGCUGGCAGCAUAUGAUAUUAAUACCUCCUUCCCCAAACUGCCCAUGGUGACGGUCAUUUCUUUUGGUGGGCCUCGAGUUGGCGACCGGAGGUUCCGACGGCAGUUAGAGAAGCAAGGGACAAAAGUUUUGCGGAUAGUAAAUUCCGAAGAUGUUAUCACUAAGGUUCCGGGUUUUGUGUUUGAUGAUGAUAUGGCAAAAGGAGGUAUCCACGUGGCAGGAUUGCCGAGCUGGAUACAGAAGAGGGUGGAGAAGGCGCAAUGGGUGUACGCUGAGGUUGGAAAGGAGUUGCGCUUAUGUAGCAGGGAUUCUCCGUACCUCGGUAGCACAAAUGUUGCCACGUGUCACGAGCUGAACACUUACUUACACCUUGUUGAUGGGUUUGUGAGUUCUACGUGUCCUUUUAGGGCCACAGCAAAAAGAUUUCUUCGGCGGUGA